GUCGUAAAUAAAUGAGGAAAAAAUUGUGCGAAGCGAGACGAGAAUGGCGUCCACGCUGUUUAAGAAAAAAUAAAAUCCAACAAUUGUGUGUAUUAAAGUGGUUAAAUUGUGCGUGCAACAAACAAAUACAAAAUACAUUUUAAGCAGUCGUUUCGUGCAUCUGCUCUCGUCGGCGGCGGCUUUCUCGUUGUAUUUGAUUUGCCAAAAAAAUCGCUUUGUAUGUGGCUCGCUCCGUCGUCAUGCUGAGAAAUUGUUUAAAAAUUAAGUGAAAUACACUGUAUUAAUAGAGAAAAUUAUGUGCAACAUGUGCAGGGUAUAUCUGGUGAUCAGUCGCGAGUGAGUGUGCCCUCCCCCGCAGUGUUUUUGCAAGCCUAGCAGCCUUGCGAAAAAAUUUCCUUGGCAGCGCAGAGCAGCCAGACAAGACUUGCAUACACUUCAAAUUCGUUUCGUUCGUAUACCGAGCUUGCUGCCCUGUCCCUGUCUUCUCGCGCGAGUUCGUUUUCAGUAUAUAUAGCCAGUCUAUGGACGGUCGUCAAUGCGUGAAUAUUCUUCUAUGUGUAAGUCUAACAUAACCUCAAAUUUGCCGCUGCAGUCGUCGGAGAAGUCGUCGUCAUCAUCAGCGUCAGCGUUGUUGGCGGGUCCUCCCCAGCCCCCACAGCCACACCGUCAGAAGCAGCAGCAAAUGAGCAGCCAUGAAUGAGAAAAUAAAGUCCCCGUCAACCCAGGGAGGUGCUGGAGCCGGAGCCCCCGCUGCUGCUCCUCCCGAGACAGCUGGGAGUGCGGCCGCCUCCGCAGCAGCCAGCAGUGGUACAGGUACCAGUGUCGGUGCCAAUUCUGCAUCCACGCCACCCACUUCCGGCCCACCCACGCCCAACAACAACGGCAGCGAUCCGAUCAUACAGCAAAAUGUCGGAGUGCCGCACCCCUAUGGCGCCCCACCACCACCUGGCUCGGCACCAGGUGCACCACCGGACCCAGUGGCGGUUAUGCACUACCACCAUCUGCAUCAGCAGCAACAACAACAGCAGCAGCAUCCGCCGCCACCGCCCCACAUGCAGCAUCACAGCGGGCCGGCGCCGCUGCCAGGAGCACCUGAGCAUGCGCCCGGCGUAAAGGACGAGUACGGUGCAGCUGUGGCUCACCUACCACCGCCCCACGCUCAUCCUGCCUACGCGCGGUACCACACGGGCGACCCCAACAUGGAUCCAUACCGCUACGGCCAGCCAUCGCCCGGCGGCAAGCACCCGCAGCCCCAUCAGCAGCAGCAACCACAACAGCAGCAGCAGCAGUCCCCUGGUGCGGGAGGCUCGCCCAAUAGGCCUCCACAGCAGCAGCAGCAACGUUACAUCCCUGGCCAGCCGCCUCAGGGACCCACGCCCACGCUGAACUCCUUGCUGCAGUCCUCGAAUCCGCCGCCGCCCCCGCAGCACCGCUAUGCGAAUAGCUAUGAUCCCCAGCAAGCCGCCUCAGCAGCGGCGGCGGCGGCAGUAGCUGCCCAACAGCAGGCGGGAGGACCCCCGCCUCCACCCCCAGGACAUGGACCGCCUCCGCCACAGCAUCAGCCAUCGCCGUACGGAGCGCAACAGGGCGGCUGGGCACCACCUCCCCGACCCUAUAGUCCUCAGUUGGGGCCGUCGCAGCAGUAUAGGACGCCACCACCGACAAACACUUCCAGGGGUCAGUCGCCCUACCCGCCAGCUCACGGUCAAAAUUCAGGUUCCUAUCCUAGUUCGCCGCAGCAGCAACAGGCACAGGCACAACAGCAGGCGGGUCAGCAGCCUGGCGGUGCUGGACCGGGAGGACCUCCGCCGGGAGCCGCACAGCAACAGCCUCAGCAGAACACACCGCCAACAUCUCAAUAUUCGCCGUACCCGCAAAGAUACCCCACUCCGCCUGGACUGCCGGCCGCGGGACCCAAUCAUCGAACUGCCUACUCGACGCACCAGUAUCCGGAACCGAAUCGACCCUGGCCUGGCGGCUCCUCGCCCAGUCCUGGUCCCGGACAUCCCUUGCCGCCCGCCUCCCCGCACCAUGUGUCGCAGGCACUGCAACAGCAACAGCCCCCUCCGCCGCAUGCCGCCGCCGGAGGACCCCCACCCAGCAGUCCAGGCCAUGCGCCCAGUCCCUCGCCACAGCCCUCGCAGGCAUCACCCUCUCCGCAUCAGGAGCUGAUUGGUCAGAACAGCAACGACAGCUCCAGCGGCGGAGCGCACAGUGGCAUGGGCUCCGGUCCGCCCGGCACACCCAAUCCCCAACAAGUCAUGCGGCCCACCCCUUCUCCCACUGGCUCAUCUGGUUCGCGUUCCAUGUCCCCAGCAGUGGCCCAAAAUCAUCCAAUCUCGCGCCCAGCGAGCAACCAGUCGAGCAGCGGCGGUCCCAUGCAGCAGCCACCGGUGGGAGCUGGGCCACCACCAAUGCCCCCUCAUCCGGGUCUAACAGGCGGACCGCCUCAGCAGCAAUCUCAGCAGCAGCAGGCCUCGAACUCCGCCUCAUCCGCGAGCAACUCGCCGCAACAAACCCCGCCACCGGGACCGCCGCCCAGCCAAGGAAUGAAUAACAUGGGCACGCCCCCACCUCCUCCUCAAGGUGCGUCCGGCGGGGGUUACCCAAUGCCGCCGCACAUGCACGGAGGCUACAAGAUGGGCGGUCCGGGCCAGAGUCCUGGAGCGCAAGGCUAUCCCCCGCAGCAGCCGCAGCAAUAUCCACCAGGCAACUACCCGCCACGGCCGCAGUAUCCGCCGGGAGCCUACGCAACCGGACCGCCACCAAGCAGCCAAGGCGCCGGCGGAGCCAACAGCAUGCCCUCUGGAGCCCAGGGAGGUGGCUAUCCGGGACGGUCGAUGCCCAACCACAGCGGCGGGAGUCCACACGGUCAGUAUCCGCCCUACCAGUGGGUGUCGCCGUCGCCACAGCAGCAAGCCGGUGCUCCGCCUGGCGGUGCGAUGGUUGGCAACCAUGUGCAGGGCAAGGGCACACCGCCGCCCACGGUGGUGGGACCACCGCCUCCUCAGGGCAGUGGCUCGCCCCGCCCACUCAACUAUCUGAAGCAGCAUUUACAGCACAAAGGUGGCUACGGAGGUAGCCCCACGCAGCCGCAGGGACCGCAGGGCUACGGCAAUGGGCCGACAGGAAUGCAUCCCGGCAUGCCUAUGGGUCCUCCCCACCACAUGGGACCGCCGCACGGUCCUACCAACAUGGGUCCGCCCACGAGCACACCGCCCCAGUCGAUGCUCGGUGGCCAGGGACAACCGCCUGGCGGUCCGGACAGCGCUGGCACUGAGCACAUAUCGCAGGACAACGGGAUAAGCUCCUCCGGUCCGACAGGCGUUACCGGGCUACACCCGGUCACGGCCGUGGUCACCACUGGCCCUGAUGGAACGCCCAUGGAUGAAGUCAGUCAACAGAGCACGCUCUCGAAUGCAUCAGCUGCCUCCGGCGAAGAUCCCCAAUGCACCACACCAAAGUCACGCAAGAAUGAUCCUUAUAGCCAAAGUCAUUUAGCCCCCCCGAGCACAUCCCCGCAUCCCGUUGUGAUGCACCCGGGCAGUGGCGGCCCCGGCGAGGAGUUCGAAAUGAGUUCGCCACCCAAUUGGCCGCGUCCGACUGGCAGUCCGCAGGUGUUCAACAGCCAUGUACCCGUGCAGCAGGAGCCCUUCCGCAGCACGACGAAGAAGUCUGACUCGCUUUGCAAGCUGUACGAAAUGGACGACAAUCCAGACAGGCGAGGAUGGCUGGACAAGCUGCGGUCCUUCAUGGAGGAGAGGCGGACGCCGAUAACCGCCUGUCCAACCAUCUCCAAACAGCCACUCGAUUUAUAUAGGUUAUAUAUUUAUGUAAAAGAACGUGGCGGAUUCGUCGAGGUAUGCAAGGUGACAAAGAGCAAGACCUGGAAGGACAUUGCCGGCCUCCUGGGCAUCGGGGCCAGCAGCAGUGCAGCGUACACGCUGCGGAAGCAUUACACCAAGAAUCUGUUGACUUUCGAGUGCCACUUUGAUCGCGGCGAUAUCGAUCCCCUGCCCAUCAUCCAGCAGGUGGAGGCCGGCAGCAAGAAGAAGACUGCCAAGGCCGCCUCCGUUCCCUCGCCAGGUGGUGGCCAUUUGGAUGCUGGGACAACCAAUUCGACAGGCUCGUCGAACUCGCAGGACUCAUUCCCGGCCCCGCCAGGCGCCGCCCCGAACGCUGCGAUCGAUGGCUAUGCAGGCUAUUCGGGCGGCAGUCCUUACCCUGGCGCCAGUGGGCCGCAGCCGGAUUAUGCGGCGGCAGGCCAGAUGCAGCGACCGCCCUCGCAGAGUAACCCGCAGACACCUCAUCCCGGCGCCGCCGUAGCUGUUGCCGCCGUCGGUGAUAAUAUAAGUGUGAGCAAUCCCUUCGAGGAUACUGGUCCUGGUCCUGGUCCUGGUCCAGGUGCCGGUGGUCCUGGUGUCGGCGUUGGUGCUGUUGCUGCUGCUGUAGGCGGUGCCCUGCCACCGCCACCUCCCCAUUCACCGCACGCCACCCAGCAGUCGGCCUCGCAACAGCAGCAGCAGCAUCCCCAGCAUCCAGGACUGGCCGGGCCGCCGACACAGCAGCAGCAACAGCAGCAGCAGCAGCCACCACAGCCGGGUGCUCCACCGGCGGGUGCACCUCAGCAACAUGGGCCUGGGCCGGUACCACCACCGUCCCCGCAGCACCAACAGCAGCAGCAGCAUGUGCGCCCAGCCUCCGGAGCACCUUAUCCGCAGGGUGGCUCCGCUUAUCCAACGCCUGUGUCUAGAACGCCAGGCUCUCCCUAUCCAUCACAACCCGGAGCUUAUGGCCAGUAUGGUGCGAGCGAUCAGUAUAAUGCCACGGGACCGCCUGGCCAGUCGUUUGGACAAGGCCAAGGACAGUAUCCUCCACAGAACCGCAAUAUGUACCCUCCCUACGGGCCGGAGGGGGAAGCUCCACCGGCUGGUGCCAAUCAAUAUGGACCCUAUGGCAGCCGGCCGUACAGUCAGCCCCCGACAGGUGGACCCCAGCCACCAGCACAGGCAGUGGCGGGCGGGCCACCCACGAGUGGAUCACCUGUGGCGCCACCGACUGGCGGCUAUGCACCAGGAACACCCACGCAGCAGGACUACUAUCGGCCACCACCCGAUCAGAGUCCACAGCCGCGAAGGCAUCCCGAUUUCAUCAAGGAUCCACAGCCCUAUCCAGGCUACAAUGCAAGGCCACAGAUUUACGGAGCAUGGCAAGGCGGUGCGCAGCAGUAUCGACCACAGUAUCCGACAUCGCCAGCACCGCAGUCCUGGGGAGGUGCACCACCGCGUGGAGCAGCACCUCCACCUGGUGCCACUCAUGGGCCGCCGAUUCAACAGCCCGCAGGAGUGGCCCAGUGGGAGCAGCAUAGGUAUCCGCCACAACAGGCUCCGCAGCCGCCUCCGCAGCAGCAGCAACAACAACAGCAGCAACAGCAACAACAACAACAACAACAGCAGCAGCAGCAGCCACCAUACCAACAGGUGGCACCACCCGGUCAACAGCAGCCGCAGGCGCCUCCCCAGUGGACACAGAUGAACGCUGGUCAGCCGAGUCAGCCCGGCAUAGCUCCUCCAGGAUCCCCGCUACGACCCCCGUCUGGGCCAGCGAGUCAGCAGCAGCGGAUGCCCGGCAUGCCGCCACAGCAGCAGCCUCCGGGAGGCCAACAGCCACCUCAGCAACCGCCACACGGUGGCGGCCCCUCGCCAGGUAUGCCCCAGGUACCUGGAGGGAUGGUGAAGCCACCGUAUGCCAUGCCACCGCCAUCAUCUCAGACGGUGGGCCAGCCCAUCGGCCAUCCGGCACCAGGUGGAAUGAUUCCGCAGAAGCAACCGCCAAUCGUCGGUCCGGGAAUGCCGCAGCCGCUGCAGCAGCAGCCUCCCCACCAGCAGCAUCCACAUCCGCACCAGCAGCACCCACAACAUCCACAACAUCCACAGCAUCAGCAUCAACUGCCGCCCAAUCAACAGCAGCAGCAGCAGCAGCCCGGUGGCUAUGCUCCGCAGGUCUCCGGAGGCGGGUCCGGGGCUCAGUUGGUGAAGAAGGAGCUGAUCUUCCCGCACGACAGCGUUGAGUCGACGACCCCGGUGCUCUACAGGAGGAAGCGCCUGACCAAGUCGGAUGUGUGCCCCGUCGAUCCGUGGCGGAUAUUUAUGGCCAUGCGAUCCGGACUGCUGACGGAGUGCACGUGGGCCCUGGACGUGCUCAAUGUGCUGCUCUUCGAUGACUCCACGGUGCAGUUUUUCGGCAUCUCGAAUCUGCCAGGCUUGUUGACAUUGCUGCUCGAGCACUUCCAGAAGAAUCUCGCCGAGAUGUUCGACGAACGCUGUGAGGAGCCACUGGAUGAGGCGGAAGACGAUGCGGACAGUGGCACGGCCAUGGGCACGGGCACGGGCGCCAUCGAGCACAAAGUGCGGGGCGGACGACAGAGCCGGUGUGUGCGGAGCAUCUGUAGUUACAACCGGAAGCGUCACUACGAAAAUAUGGACCGAAAGAACGGAGGAGGCAGCGACUCUGAGGACGCCGACGAAGGCAUCGAUCUGGGCCAGGUGAGAGUACAACCAAAUCCCGAGGAGCGAUCCCUGCUGCUCUCGUUCACUCCCAACUACACGAUGGUCACCAGGAAAGGUGUGCCUGUGCGAAUCCAGGCUGCGGAGCAGGACAUAUUCGUGGACGAGCGCCAGAAGGCGUGGGACAUUGACACCAACAGGCUGUACGAGCAGCUGGAGCCGGUCGGCAGUAAUGCCUGGACCUAUGGCUUCACCGAGCCGGAUCCGCUCGACGGCAUCAUUGACGUCUUCAAGUCUGAGAUCGUAAACAUUCCAUUCGCACGCUAUGUCCGCUCCGAGAAGGCGAAAACACGCCAGGACACAGACACGGCCACCCCCAGCCCCAAGCCUGAAAUCAAGCAAGAGGAGAACGCGACGACGAACAGCACUGAGGAUGGCAAUCUCCUCCAGGAGUCAUUCAACAAAAAGCGGCGUCUGGUCAGCGGCGGCGACAGCAGCAACAGCAACAGCAACGGUGAAGCCGGAGAAGGAUCUGCCGAGGUCAAGAAAUCCAAACUGACUGAUGAGAUCGCUGCGCCAAAUGCUGAGGUGAAGAAGGAACCGGGAACGGGAACAUCCGGUACGACGGAGACCACUGACAGCGAUUGUCGAGCCGUUGACAUGGAAAUCGAGUCGCCCAGCCUGCAGCAACAGCGUCUAACCAACGGAAUAGCAUCCUCCUCCUCGCCGGCGUUGGGCGCCUUCGAUCCCAGAGCGACGGUGCGGGAUGCGGCGCAAGUGCUGCAGCGGAAACGCGACUCCAGCUACGAGGACGAGUGCUACACGCGGGACGAGGCCUCGCUCUACCUGGUAAACGAGAGCCAGGACUCGCUUGCACGCCGCUGCAUCGCCCUCUCAAACAUUUUCCGCAAUCUAACCUUUGUGCCCGGCAACGAGACGGUGCUGGCCAAAUCUACGCGAUUCCUGGCCGUCCUGGGGCGUCUGCUGUUGCUGAACCACGAGCACCUGCGGCGCACACCGAAGACGCGCAACUACGACCGCGAGGAGGACACCGACUUCAGCGACUCGUGCAGCUCGCUGCAGGGGGAGCGCGAGUGGUGGUGGGACUACCUGAUUACCAUUCGGGAAAAUAUGCUAGUAGCGAUGGCCAACAUAGCCGGCCACCUCGAGCUCUCCCGCUACGACGAGCUGAUCGCCCGCCCACUCAUAGACGGACUUCUACAUUGGGCCGUCUGUCCUAGCGCCCACGGCCAGGAUCCGUUCCCCUCGUGCGGACCCAACUCUGCGCUCUCUCCGCAGCGCCUAGCGCUGGAAGCGCUCUGCAAGCUGUGCGUGACGGAUGCGAACGUGGACCUGGUCAUUGCGACGCCACCGUUCGCACGCCUCGAGAAGCUGUGCGCCGUGCUGACGCGCCAUCUGUGUCGCAACGAGGACCAGGUGCUCCGUGAGUUCUCUGUGAAUCUGCUGCACUACCUGGCUGCGGCGGACAGUGCCAUGGCGCGGACGGUGGCACUGCAGUCGCCGUGCAUUUCGUAUUUGGUGGCCUUCAUCGAGCAGGCCGAACAAACAGCCUUGGGCGUGGCCAACCAGCACGGACUCAACUUCCUGCGAGAGAACCCAGACUCGAUGGGCACUAGCCUGGACAUGCUGCGGCGGGCGGCCGGCACUCUGCUGCACCUGGCCAAGCAUCCGGACAACCAGUCGCUCUUCAUGCAGCAGGAACAGCGGCUCCUAGGGCUGGUCAUGUCACACAUCCUCGACCAGCAGGUGGCCCUGGUCAUCUCGCGGGUACUGUACCGUGUGUCGCGUGGAGCGAGCCGGAUGCACUCGGUGGAGUUCAGACUGUUGCAGCAGCGACAGCAGCAGCAACAGCUUCAACAGCUGCGUCCUUCGGAGAAUCAAGCUUUGGCUGCAAGUGCGGAAGCAGCAGCAGCAGCAGCAGCAGCAGCAGCAUCGGCAGCAGCAGCAGCACCAAGCAGCGGAGUUAAAUUGGAGUCUGGCAGUGGAGAAGCGAAUGCUGAGCCAAGUGGCGCUGAUGUCAAGCCAUCGCCAACAGCCACAUGCACGUCUUCAUCUGGCAGCGGAAUGAUCUCCUCGGCAGUGAUCAACGAUGAGAACAGCAACAGCAGCCAGCAACUACCGCCGGCGGCCACCUUCAACGACGUGAGCAACAGCAGCACCAACAGCAACAGCUGCGGGACGGCCAGCAGCAACCAGACGAACAACAGUACCACCAACAGCAGCAGCAACAGCAGUCUGGGAAGCCAGUCCACCUCCACCAUGAACAAUGCCCCGACCACGCCAGCAGCCCACGCAACUCCACAAUCGGUCGCCGAGCAGCAGUCGCAGCAGCAGCAGGUGAGCAAAGCUGUCGCCGCAGCCGGACUGGCAUCGUCGAACCUUACCGGGAGCCUGAGCAAUGCCACUUCAGCUGCAUCUGCAGCGCCGCCUCCCUCCUCAUCAUCAAGUGCGGCCUCGGGCACAGCCACAGCCGUGUCGCAGCAGGCGGCGGCAGCACCGCCAACGAAUGCGGGAACGACGACAGCCGUUGCGUAGUAUACGACAAUGCUGCCAGCGUCCUACUACUGGCCGCGCCGCGGGGCAGUUGACUGAGAAGGAGACGGAACAGUGAAAUGGAGACCGGAUACCUGAUCGGAUAUCGAUGUAAUCAAAUAAUGUACAUUUACUUAAAAGGAGGCCUCCUGCAUGCGUUUUGCGUUGAGAGAGCAGAAUGAGAAUCCCCUUGAGAAGGAUAUGGCAUACUCCGUCAGAGCCUGAUCCAAUGUCAUGUGUGUGUGGGCUUCACUGCAACAGUCAAUACAAUAACAACUGUAUAUUUUUUCACUCAAAUCUAUAAAUAGUAAAAAUAUAAACUAAAGCCUAAGCAUAAGUGAUUGCAGCAGCCACAUAAUAAUUAUAAUGAUAAAGAAGGAUGCACGAUCGAUCGCGACGUUUCGCAGGACAAAGUACCGUACCGCAGAUAAGAAAAUAAGGAGCAGAAGAAGGAGAAGAGAAAGCACACAGCAUACUUAUCGUAUUUAACUUAAUGGAGACAAAGAGGAGACAAAGAGGAGAAACGAGAAGCGGGAAGAUAGAAGCGAGAAGCGUUAGGAGAAGAGAGUAACAACUAACACAUACAUAUGCAUACGCACGCUAUGGUUUAUCAUAUAUUAAAUAUAUAUAAUAAAUGCAUAACCUUACAUUAAACUACAAAGCAGGAGAUGGAGUGGUGUAUGCCAACGGGAAGUGCAUGCACUCGGCGUACGUAUAGACAUUGAUUGAUAUAUAUAAAUACAUAUAUAGAGAGCAUAGUUUUUAAACUUCUACCACUUACUAAUAACAACAUAUUACAACAAUAAUAUGCAGCAAAGAAACUCAUAAAGUGAACAAACAGAAAUCUACGUACGGCAGAGGAGACAGACCAGAGAGAGUACGAGAGAUUCCCCUCCCCCUAAUAUAAUAUAUGAAUAUUGCAAUUCAUUUUAAUUACAGUUUUAUGUGAACUAAGGAAGAUGAAGUGUGGCCACAGCAGGAGGGAGAGGAGGAGAAUAGUGCAUAGUGGAUGCCGCAUGGCGUGGGUGGGCGUUCUCGUUCUUGUUUGGUGGAGCAUUAACAUCCAAUUGUACAUACUUAACCAUUAUGUAAAUUGACUGUAUUUUUUGUGUGUUUGCGCAAUGUUACAAGGAACAUGUGUGCGUGGUAGGGUGGCAGCACUGCAUUUCGUAUCAUAUAAAUGGAUGGUCUGAGAAAUUCCAGUUUCCAGAAUACUACUCGCUCGCAUUAACUCCCCCCAAAAACGG